AUGAAUAAAAAUGAUGAACAUAUGCUUAAAGUGACCAAUUUUAUGAGUGUUGAUGAUGCCAAGAAAUUUGCCCGUGGCAUUAAAACAUAUGGAAAAAAUUUCUUAAAAAUCAAGAAGGAACUACUACCACAUCAUCGUCGAGAUGAAUUAGUGCAGUUCUAUUAUGGAUGGAAAAAAACUCGCGAUGCAACAAGGCCUAAGCCAUUAGCUCGGCAGCGAAAUACGGCAACUGCUACACAUCGAAAACCAAAGAGCAACCAGUUGAAGGCAUCUCGUCCUGGCAGUACUGAUUUGGCUGAUUAUGCAUCCGCAAGCGAGACUGAAAUGGAGGAGUUAGAAAAUGAUGGUCGUGCUGCAGCGUAUGCUUGUCAUCAUUGCUACACAUCAAAAAGUAAAGAUUGGCAUCAUUCGGGUAGAGAACGUCAGUUGCUUUGUACUGAGUGUCGAAUUUUUUAUAAGAAGUAUGGACAACUGCGUCCGGUUGAUCGGCCAAGCACCGUUCCACCAUCACUGUACAAACCAAGAAGCCCUGAAGGCAACGAGGAUGAGGAACAAGGAGUAAGGACACGAGCCAAUAAAAAGGAAAGACGUGGCACUUCAUUAGAGGUGGAUAAAAAGAGUGUCAGUUCACCAAAUGAUGGCGAAAUGACGAAGCAAAGAAACGGAAAAAGGAAGCGAAAUCAUGCACAAAAUAAUGAAUAUGUAAAUGGGAAUGCAAAGAAGCGAUUUGUGAAAGGAGAGAAGGAAGAUGAAAAUACCGAUGUGCAGGAAGAAGAUGAACCGGGUGUCAGUUCAGAAGUUCAUACCAGUGAUAAUUCUUCAAAUGCUGGAAAGAGAAAUGAAGCAGAAACAUCUCCAGAAUCAGAGUCAGUUUCGUCAUCAUUGAAAGUAAUUAGUAUUGAUGAAGAAGGAAAGCACUGUGCGGGGCAAGCAAAGACAUCCUUAUGUGUGGAAAAAGGAAGUCCAAGUGUUGAACUACAAACUUCUAUUUCUCUUUCAACCAGUGCUGCUGCAAAUGAACCGCCUUCAGCUUCCGGCACUACUGAAAAUGAAGUUGCGGAAGCUGUAGAAAUUGCAACGGAGCAACCGAGCACAAGUUUCGUGAAGCCAAUCGAUCGGACCCCUCCUGAUGAAAUGAAAACAGAAGAGGAAGAUUCAGAUGAUGGUUAUUGGACUGUAAAUAAUACAGUAGCCGAAACGACAAAAAAUGCAUUGCUUAUUCGAGUUAUCGAUCGGCGCUGUGGUCAAAUGUGCGCGCGUACAGAUUUAGCUUUUCGUAUGAAACCUGGUUCAGAAUGGGAUAAGAAACGAGAAGCUCGUUCUGCCCUCAAGAACCACAUAAAUAAUACACAGAAAAAGCCCAAUGAAACGUUCCCAACUCCAGUUACAGUGCCGAAAUUGCCAUCUGCGCAACUUGCACCUUUGUCGGGUACACCAAAUGUUGAAGCAUUCAUGGGAGGUCGGGUCCCCAUGAAUGGCACUGCAGUUUCUGCUUUACCAGGAAUGUUUCCCGGUAUACCGGAUCCACGAUUCGGUUUCCUUACUCCUCAACAGCAGUAUGCUAUCGCUGUCGAACAGCAAGUUUUUCAAAAGCAAAUGGAACAGCAGCUGCGAGCACAUCAGCUAGAGAUGAUACGAAAUGGUGCGAAUGGUACAGUGACGACGGGUUCUACAGUAGCAGCUGUUCGUGAUUCUCCGUCUCGUGGUGGUACCACCGCCACCGCUGUUAAUGCUCACGGAUUUCCUCCCAACAUGCUUCCAACACCUUUUCAUAAUUUUGGGAUGGAUCCGAGAGCCUUAGCUGCACUGAUGCAUAAUCCACAGCUUGCUUCGCAAUUUGGGAUGGGUAUCGAUAGUCAUACCGCAGCAAUGAUGAGUGCCUUGGAGCAGCGAAAUAAUUUGGAGCAGCGCAUGCUUAGUAUGGCUGGCAUGGAAAUGCUGGCUCCUGGUGGAAUACCGGUAUCUCAAGCACCGCAAUCCCAUCUCCACCCACAUGCUGCUGCGAUGAUGCAGCAUGCAGCCGCUACACAUCCUGGUGAUGCAAUUCAAUUGCAACAACUAUUGGCUAUGUCAGCAGCGGCGCAGGCUCAAGCACAGCGUCCUUUUCUAGAACAGAAUGCUCUUUUGCAAAUGACGAUGAUGAAUCCAUUCAAUAAUGAAUUGGGAUCUCGAAUCGUAAAUCCUGGCUCAUUGAAUUCUGAUAUGAUGCGGCGGUUACAGCAGGAAGGUGGUUUCGCAACUACACAGAGGCCGUAA